AUGGAGGAGAGCCUGACGGAGUCGACGGUGCUGGUGGACAUCGCGCCGCAGCCCGUCGAGGCCGAGAAGAAGUCGAAGCAGCCGCCCUCUGCGCUGGCAGCCGUGGACUCGACCAUCCUGCGUCUGAACAACGCGCAUGGGACCGAACGGGCGUUUGCUACCGUUGGCUACUCGGCGCAUAUCCUGCACUACGCCCUCACGCAUUCACGCAGACUGAACCGGCUGGCUCUCGCAGCCCUCGGAAGGAAACCAGCUGCCUCUCCUCCCUUCAAGGUCGCCGGCGGCAAUGCUGCAGCAGCAGCUUCGUCACACCCGCAUCUGCUGGCUCUCGCAUCCCUGGUAUCAGAGACACGCACUUCGCUGCGGCUGCUCGGCCUCCUCCCGCUCUGGGCCUGGGGCUCCUCGACAUACAAAUCACCACCGGCAGAUCCCGUGCUGCGAGCCAUUGCGUACGGCCAGGUGCUCGCCUGCGUGCUCUUCCAGCUGCUUGAAAACGUAGCCUUCCUGGCCUCCAAGGGGGUUCUCAGCAAGCGCGCCGUCGAGCGAUGGGGCAGUCUGUCCAAGUGGUCCCUUUGGAGUGUCAGGGCGUGGCUGGUGCAUGUGCUUCUUGAAUUUGUCCGGCUGACGCGGGAGAGCCACAUUGCUGCUGCUGAAGGACAGAAGAGCCAAGCGGGUGCAAAGAAAGACCUUGGAGAGGCUGAGAAGGGAGUCCGCGAGAAGACCAAGGAAGAAGCUGUCAAGAUGGCAGCAAAGGUCAAGGCGUGGAGGAAGAGCAUGGUCAACAACCUUGCAUGGCUGCCGCUGUGUCUGCAUUGGAGCGUGGAUGGCGGAAUAGGGGUCCCGGCCAGUCUGGUGGGAGUUCUCAGUCUCACGGCCGGCGCUUGGGGGAUUCAUGAUCUAUGGCUUUCUACUUGA